AGCCGCCGGGACGACGCAGCGCAACUUGCGGUAUCUCCUGCCUCCCUGAAUGCGGCGGAGGUCUCUCUACAGCGAGGACAUUAAGAACAGGGGGAAGAAAGAAGAAGAAGAAGAAGAAAGAAGGAGGAGAAGAAGAUAAAAAGUCGCUUAAUUUUCUUCAUUUACACUUUUUUUGCCUUUUUUUUUCUGGUUCUUUUUAUUUCUUCAAAGUAUAUAUAAAUAAAUAUUAGCGACAGUACCUGUGUGUGCGGGGCUCAGACAUGCCUCAGCUCAGCAGCGGCGGCGGCGACGACAUGGGAGCCAACGACGAGAUGAUCGCCUUCAAAGACGAGGGCGAGCAGGAGGAGAAGAUCCCGGAGAACGCGUUCACGGAGCGGGACCUGGCCGACCUCAAGUCCUCCCUGGUCAACGAGUCGGAGACACAUCAAAGUCCGAGCGCAGCGGCGGUCAGGCGGGGACAGCAGGCCGAGCAGAGGGGCUUCCCGGAGAAACACCGGGAGCAUCACGACGGAGUGUCGAAGCACCAGGAUGGCGGCAUGUACAAGACGCAGGCGUACCCGGGGUACCCGUUCCUGAUGCUGCCCGACCCCUACCUCCCCAACGGCUCGGGCUCUCCAAACUCCAACAAGGUGUCGGUGGUGCAGCAGUCUCACGGGAUGCACCCGCUAACGUCUCUGCUGCCGUACGGCAACGACUUCAGCCCCACAGACAUGAGCCAGAAGACAGGCGUUCACAGGCACCAGUCCCAGGACCUCUCAGGGUACUACUCCCUCCCUCCAGGCGGCGUCGGACAGAUCUCUCCGUCCAUGGGCUGGCAGAGCCAGCCGGUCUACCCGGGCCUGUCCCCCUUCAGGCAGCCCUACUCCUCCAACCUCCACAGCGCCGCCUCCUACUCCAGGUUCCCCCACUCUCUGAUGCUCGGCCCGUCGGGCAUGCACCCCACGGGGAUCCCCCACCCGGCCAUCGUGCCCCACACGGGCAAACAGGAGUACGACCAGUACGACCGGGGCAUGUACAUGAAGCCGCAUCACGUGGAGGCCAAGCGGGAGAAGGAGCCCAAGAAGCCGGUCAUCAAGAAGCCCCUGAACGCCUUCAUGCUCUACAUGAAGGAGAUGAGGGCGAAGGUCAUCGCCGAGUGCACAUUAAAGGAGAGCGCCGCCAUCAACCAGAUUCUGGGCCGAAGGUGGCACGCUCUGACCCGGGAGGAGCAGGCCAAGUACUACGAGUUGGCCCGGAAGGAGCGACAGCUGCACAUGCAGCUCUACCCCACCUGGUCCGCCAGAGACAACUACGAGGCGGGCCUUAGCGGGGUCGCAGGGGAAAAGAGUAAAGCUGAUUGGGGCAAAAAGAAGAGGAGAAAAAGGGAGAAGCUGCAGGACUCCAACACAGACCCCGGCUCUCCUAAGAAAUGCCGCGCUCGCUUCGGCCUCAACCAACAAACGAACUGGUGCGGUCCCUGCAGGAGGAAAAAGAAGUGCGUCCGCUUCCUUCAAGGAGGAGGCAGCCCCACUUCUUCAGAUCUAAGCGCGAUAGACUCUCCGCCCUCCCCGACCCUCCACCACCGGCUGCCCCUCUCCCCGGGCUGCUCCCCCCCGCCGCCGCCCGCCUCCCCCACGCCGCCCUCGCCCCGCCCCUCGCCCCCGCCCCCAAAUGCGCCCAAACGCACCCACGGGCGCCCAGAACUCACCGGCCGGCGGGUGCGCGGCUCGCCGGCGGCCGCCGAGGCCUCGGGACUUUCUCUCAAAGCGCCAACGGAGUCUCUGUGAUCUCCCUGAACCCCCAGAGACCCCAACCCUCAGCUUCCUCCAGACGGUCAUCUUCCUCACGUUUCCACCCCCCACCUCCUUUUCUUUGUGAGGGGGGGGGGGGGUCUUCAUCCACAGCUCCUCUCUAAAUGUUAUUGAACCCUCAUCACACCGAACAUGAGGGACUUCCUGGUCUCGGACCUGCAGGUUUCUAGUCGUCGGAAGAGGACUCUGUGGGGGAUCCGGCCCCCCCUCACGUCGGCGGCUGGAAGAGUUCUAGUUUACUCAAUCCUGACCUCUAGUUUACUCUAUCCUGACCUCUAGUUUACUUCAUCCUGACCUCUAGUUUACUUCAUCCUGAUCUGCUGCCGGUCAACUCGAACCACGCGGCGGAGUCAAUAAAAACUCUUUUAUUAUAUAUUUUUAAAUCUUUCAUCGUCCUCGACAAUCACCAAACGAAAUGUUCUGUAAACGAGCUCCACGUGAACUGCUUCACCACUCUUCCUCUUCCUCAGCUGACAUUGUUGAAGUUACACUUUCAAAAAGGUAAAAAGUUGAUCCCCCAACUGCAAGUUACAUCGUUUCUUUUAGGCACUUUCAGGCGCUCAUUAAAUCAUGUUACAUUUUUUGUCGUUACGUUUUCUCCUAAUUUCUGUACGAAUCUCGUGUUUUUAUUUUAAAGGUCGGUGUUUUACUUCUUUUGAACAUUUUUGUCCAAAUGGGUACUAUAUUAUAUUGUGUUGUAAAGUUUUAUAAAUGUUGGAAUUCCCUAUAAUAAUAAACUUUUGUUUUUAUGUAAAGAAAAUGAAAGAAAAAAAAUAUUUUUAGUUGCUCCCAUUUCCUAAAGCGAUCCAUUGUUUGUCCUUGUUUGUGUAAACAUGUUGUGUCUCAUGUUGUUGUCUCUUGUUCCAGCUUCAACAUUGAACACAUUAAAAACAGUUUUAUUUACCUCCGCCUCCAGCUGUACACAAACUGUUCAGCGAGUUCCUGUUCCCUCCAGCAGAGGGCGCUCUCGAGCUAGAAACAGCUUGUUUUAUGUUGACAUCAGUUGUGUGUGUGUGUGUGUGGGGGGGGGGGGAGUCACCUUUCAGGACUUUGUAUUUUCUACACCUCUGAUGUAUUUACUUGUUUUUGUUGGAUGUUAAUAAAAUGUUUUGAAUAUC